GUUUGAGUCGGUUAGUGACCAAUCAAGGCGCGUACGUAUUUUCGCCCUUAGGUUGUUCGUUGUCUUUGAGAAUGUUACCAUCGGCUAAAGCCCGAGAAUGGCAACAACUUCAGUCAAAGAAGUUCUCGGAAAAACGCAAGUUUGGCUUCGUAGAAACUCAGAAGGACGAAAUGCCACCAGAGCAUGUUCGUAAAAUCAUCAGAGACCACGGCGACAUGACCAAUAGGAAGUUUAGGCAUGACAAACGCGUGUAUCUCGGUGCAUUGAAAUAUAUGCCACAUGCAGUGUUGAAAUUGUUAGAAAACAUGCCUAUGCCUUGGGAACAAAUCAGAGAUGUCAAAGUACUGUACCAUAUCACCGGGGCCAUAACAUUUGUUAACGAAAUACCAUGGGUCGUUGAACCAAUCUACGCUGCUCAGUGGGGUAGCAUGUGGAUCAUGAUGCGUCGUGAAAAAAGGGAUCGUCGUCAUUUUAAACGUAUGAGAUUCCCACCUUUCGAUGAUGAAGAGCCUCCGCUUGAUUAUGCCGACAAUAUACUUGACGUAGAGCCUCUAGAACCAAUACAAUUGGAGUUAGAUCCGGAAGAAGAUGCUACCAUUAUUGAAUGGUUUUACGAAAGAAAUCCCCUAGUGGAAUCAAAGUACGUUAACGGCGUUACUUACCGACGUUGGAACCUACCUCUGAACAUAAUGUCCAACCUUUAUCGUCUGGCCAAUUCUUUGUUGACUGACCUUGUCGAUGACAAUUACUUUUAUUUGUUUGACCUCAAGUCAUUCUUCACAGCUAAAGCCCUGAACGUUGCUCUUCCUGGAGGUCCGAAGUUUGAACCCUUGGUCAAAGACAAAACUUUAGAGGAUGAGGAUUGGAAUGAAUUUAAUGAUAUCAACAAGAUCAUCAUUCGUCAACCUAUUCGUACUGAAUACCGAAUAGCAUUCCCCUAUCUUUAUAACAGUUAUCCGUUUCAAGUUCAUUUAUCAUGGUAUCACACUCCUAAUGUACUUUUCAUUAAAACCGAAGAUCCUGAUCUCCCAGCUUUUUAUUUUGAUCCUCUGAUUAACCCCAUAUCCCAGAGACAAGGUGUUAAGGCUCCAGAGUUACAACCAGAUGACGAUGAAACGUAUGAACUUCCCGAAGGACUCCAGCCGUUUCUUGCCGAAACUCCUCUGUACAGUGAUAACACAGCAAACGGCAUUGCUCUUUUGUGGGCUCCAAGGCCAUUUUGCUUAAGAUCAGGGUCUACAAGACGGGCUAUUGAUAUUCCUUUAGUCAAAGCUUGGUACAGAGAGCAUUGUCCUUCUGGUAUGCCUGUAAAAGUUCGUGUUUCUUACCAAAAGCUGCUGAAGUAUUUUGUUCUUAAUGCCCUACAUCACCGUCGACCAAAGCCUCAGAAGAAACGUUACUUGUUUCGUUCCUUCAAAGCUACUAAGUUCUUCCAAAUUACUAGUUUGGAUUGGGUAGAGGUUGGACUACAAGUUUGCCGUCAGGGAUACAACAUGCUUAACCUUCUUAUUCAUCGAAAAAAUCUUAAUUACUUGCAUUUGGACUAUAACUUCAACUUGAAACCAGUAAAAACCUUAACUACCAAAGAAAGAAAGAAAUCACGGUUCGGCAAUGCUUUUCAUCUUUGUCGGGAGAUACUUCGUUUAACGAAGCUCAUCGUAGAUAGCCAUGUUCAGUAUCGCUUGGGAAAUGUCGAUGCUUUCCAGUUGGCAGAUGGUCUCCAAUACAUUUUCUCACACGUUGGACAGUUAACAGGAAUGUACCGUUAUAAAUACAAACUCAUGCGUCAAAUUCGGAUGUGCAAGGAUUUGAAACACGUAAUUUACUACCGUUUCAACACUGGACCAGUGGGUAAAGGCCCAGGUGUCGGGUUCUGGGCACCGGGAUGGAGAGUAUGGUUGUUUUUCAUGCGCGGCAUAACCCCAUUACUGGAGCGUUGGUUAGGAAAUCUCUUAUCACGCCAAUUUGAAGGAAGACAUUCCAAAGGUGUUGCCAAAACUGUUACCAAACAACGAGUUGAAUCUCACUAUGACUUGGAACUGCGCGCCGCCGUUAUGCAUGACAUACUGGAUAUGAUGCCCGAAGGUAUCAAACAAAACAAAGCUAGGACUAUUCUACAACAUUUAGGCGAAGCAUGGCGUUGUUGGAAAGCUAACAUACCAUGGAAAGUACCAAAUAUGCCAAUCCCUAUUGAAAAUAUGAUUUUACGUUACGUUAAAGCCAAAGCUGACUGGUGGACUAAUACAGCUCAUUACAAUCGGGAACGCAUUCGGCGAGGUGCAACCGUUGAUAAAACUGUUUGUAAAAAGAAUCUGGGUCGUUUAACUCGACUGUAUCUUAAAGCGGAACAGGAGCGACAACAUAAUUAUCUUAAGGAUGGUCCCUACGUAACUGCAGAGGAGGCUGUUGCCAUUUACACAACAACUGUACAUUGGUUAGAAAGUAGGCGCUUUUCACCAAUUCCUUUCCCACCUCUAAGUUACAAGCAUGAUACCAAGUUACUGAUUCUCGCCCUUGAACGUCUUCGAGAAUCUUAUAGUGUCAAAAACAGGUUAAAUCAAUCUCAACGUGAGGAACUUGGUUUGAUUGAGCAAGCUUAUGAUAAUCCACACGAAGCCCUUAGUCGUAUCAAGCGACAUUUACUUACUCAAAGGGCUUUCAAAGAAGUUGGGAUUGAAUUCAUGGAUCUUUACAGUCAUUUGGUGCCUGUCUAUGAUGUUGAGCCCUUGGAGAAGAUAACAGAUGCUUAUUUGGAUCAGUAUUUGUGGUAUGAAGCUGAUAAACGUCGCCUGUUUCCUCCAUGGAUCAAACCAGCUGACUUGGAGCCUCCACCUUUACUUGUAUACAAGUGGUGCCAGGGUAUUAACAACUUAAAAGACGUUUGGGAGACUGGUGAGGGUGAAUGUAACGUUUUGUUGGAAACGAAAUUUGAAAAGGUUUAUGAGAAAAUUGACCUUACAUUGCUCAAUCGUCUCCUGAGACUAAUUGUCGAUCACAAUAUUGCGGACUACAUGACUGCUAAAAAUAACGUUGUUAUAAAUUACAAGGAUAUGAAUCAUACUAACAGUUACGGAAUCAUCCGCGGUCUGCAGUUUUCAUCCUUUAUUACACAGUAUUAUGGUCUUGUACUGGACUUGCUAGUUUUGGGUCUCGAAAGAGCAUCUGAGAUGUGCGGUCCUCCUCAGAUGCCAAACGACUUUCUUCAGUUCCAGGAUACUGCCACAGAAAUCUCCCAUCCUAUUCGACUGUAUUGUCGGUAUGUAGACCGUUUUUGGAUGUUCUUCCGUUUCUCGGCGGAGGACGCUCGCGAUCUCAUUCAGCGUUACCUAACAGAGCACCCUGAUCCAAAUAACGAAAACAUUGUGGGUUACAACAAUAAAAAGUGUUGGCCACGCGAUAGUAGAAUGCGCUUAAUGAAACAUGAUGUUAAUCUUGGUCGUGCUGUUUUUUGGGAUAUCAAGAACCGUUUGCCGAGAUCCGUCACAACAAUUGAUUGGGACAGCAGUUUCGUCUCUGUUUAUAGCAAAGAUAACCCUAAUUUACUGUUCGCAAUGUGUGGGUUUGAAUGUCGUAUUCUACCAUCUUGUCGUUCACCUGGUCAAGCCGCAGAUGCCAAUCUUCCAAGUGGCGUAUGGCAUCUACAAAACGAGGUAACCAAAGAGCGUACAGCACAAUGUUUCCUUCGAGUGGAUGAUGAAUCAAUGCAACGAUUCCAUAACAGAGUUAGACAAAUUUUAAUGGCCUCCGGAUCGACAACUUUCACCAAAAUCGUGAACAAAUGGAAUACCGCUUUAAUUGGUUUAAUGACUUAUUAUCGCGAGGCAGCAGUAAGCACUGUCGCAUUAUUGGAUCUGUUGGUGAAGUGCGAAAACAAAAUACAAACACGUAUCAAAAUUGGAUUAAACUCAAAAAUGCCUGCUCGUUUCCCUCCAGUGGUCUUUUACACACCGAAAGAACUUGGUGGUUUAGGUAUGCUCAGUAUGGGUCACGUUCUUAUUCCACAGUCUGAUUUACGGUGGUCAAAACAAACUGACGUUGGUAUUACUCACUUUCGUUCAGGCAUGAGUCAUGACGAGGACCAGGUUAUUCCAAAUUUGUUCUCUUACAUCUUAUCAUGGGAGACGGAGUUUCGCGAUUCCCAGAGUGUUUGGGCUGAAUAUGCGUUAAAACGACAAGAAGCAAAUGCUCAAAAUAGACGUUUAACGUUGGAAGAUCUAGAAGACAGUUGGGAUCGCGGUAUUCCUCGGAUUAAUACUCUUUUCCAAAAAGACAGACAUACACUGGCUUACGAUAAGGGGUGGCGUGUACGAACUGAGUUCAAACAAUAUCAAGUUCUUAAGCAAAAUCCAUUUUGGUGGACACAUCAAAGACACGAUGGAAAGUUAUGGAAUUUGAACAACUAUCGUACAGAUAUGAUCCAGGCUCUAGGUGGUGUUGAAGGUAUUUUGGAGCACACCUUGUUUAAAGGAACUUAUUUCCCUACAUGGGAAGGUCUUUUCUGGGAAAAAGCCAGUGGUUUUGAAGAAUCAAUGAAGUACAAGAAGUUGACUAACGCUCAGCGAUCUGGGUUGAAUCAGAUACCUAAUCGACGCUUUACAUUAUGGUGGUCUCCAACUAUCAAUCGCGCUAAUGUCUAUGUUGGUUUCCAAGUACAACUUGAUCUAACUGGUAUUUUUAUGCACGGCAAAAUUCCAACUCUGAAGAUCUCACUCAUCCAGAUAUUCCGAGCUCACUUGUGGCAAAAAAUUCAUGAAUCUGUAGUUAUGGACAUUUGUCAGGUGUUUGAUCAGGAACUUGACGCUUUGGAAAUUGAAACUGUCCAGAAAGAAACAAUCCAUCCUCGAAAGUCGUAUAAAAUGAAUUCCAGCUGUGCAGAUAUUCUUUUAUUUGCAUCCUACAAGUGGCCUGUAUCUAGGCCAAGUCUGUUGGCUGAUUCAAAAGACCUUAUGGAUGGAACUACCACUCAAAAGUUUUGGAUCGAUAUUCAGCUCAGAUGGGGUGAUUAUGAUUCCCAUGAUAUUGAGCGUUACGCCAGAGCAAAAUUCCUGGAUUAUACCACUGAUAACAUGUCCAUAUACCCUUCUCCAACUGGUGUCAUGAUUGCGAUUGAUCUCGCUUACAAUCUGCAUAGUGCCUAUGGAAAUUGGUUCCCUGGCUGUAAACCACUCAUACAACAAGCUAUGGUAAAAAUAAUGAAGGCCAAUCCUGCUUUAUACGUGUUACGUGAACGCAUUCGUAAAGCAUUACAGUUAUACUCUAGCGAACCUACUGAACCUUAUUUGAGUUCACAAAACUAUAACGAAUUGUUCUCCAACCAAAUUAUAUGGUUCGUUGAUGAUACAAAUGUAUAUCGCGUCACUAUACAUAAAACUUUUGAAGGCAAUCUUACGACUAAGCCUAUCAAUGGUGCUAUAUUCAUUUUCAACCCACGCACAGGGCAGCUUUUCUUAAAGAUAAUCCACACUUCAGUUUGGGCAGGACAAAAACGUUUAGGUCAGUUGGCUAAAUGGAAAACAGCAGAAGAAGUUGCUGCACUCAUCCGUUCCUUGCCAGUUGAAGAACAACCAAAACAAAUCAUUGUUACUCGCAAAGGAAUGUUGGACCCUCUGGAAGUGCAUCUUCUUGAUUUCCCUAAUAUUGUUAUAAAGGGUUCCGAGCUUCAACUGCCUUUCCAAGCGUGCCUAAAAGUCGAAAAGUUUGGAGAUCUUAUAUUAAAGGCAUCAGAGCCACAAAUGGUCUUAUUCAAUUUGUAUGAUGAUUGGCUAAAAUCUAUCAGCUCUUACACAGCUUUUUCUCGUCUAAUUUUAAUUUUACGUGCUUUGCAUGUCAAUAAUGAUAAGGCUAAAAUUGUGCUUAAACCGGACAAAACAACAAUCACUGAACCCCAUCAUAUUUGGCCAUCCCUUAGUUCAGAUGAUUGGAUCAAAGUAGAAUAUCAGUUGAAAGACCUUAUUUUAGCUGACUAUGGAAAGAAAAACAAUGUUAAUGUGGCUUCUUUAACUCAGUCGGAGAUACGAGAUAUUAUUUUGGGUAUGGAGAUUUCUGCCCCAUCACAACAACGUCAGCAAAUAGCCGAUAUUGAAAAACAGGCUAAAGAACAAUCUCAGCUUACGGCAACUACAACAAGAACUGUCAACAAACAUGGUGAUGAAAUCAUCUCAACUACAACAUCAAACUACGAAACCCUCCAUUUCAGCAGUAAGACGGAAUGGCGCGUUCGUGCUAUCUCAGCAACGAAUUUGUACCUUCGGACAAACAAUAUAUAUGUCAGUUCAGAUGAUAUUAAAGAGAAUGGCUACACAUAUAUUUUACCUAAAAAUAUUUUGAAGAAAUUUAUAACCAUAUCAGAUUUACGAACUCAAAUUGCAGGCUACUUAUAUGGUAUUUCGCCUGCUGAUAAUUCCCAAAUUAAAGAAAUUCGAUGUAUUGUAAUGCCACCGCAAUGGGGUACUCAUCAGACUGUUCAUUUACCUAAUGGGCUACCACAAGAUGAGUAUUUGAAAGAAAUGGAGCCACUUGGUUGGAUUCACACUCAACCAAAUGAAUUACCACAGUUAUCACCUCAAGUAAGUUUUAUUUGGCAUUUGGGUAAUAAUUCUCCAUCUAACAAUGUUAAAAAUUGUGUCGAUGUAUACGGCCUUACUCUCAUUACUCUGUCCAUAUUGACUAUCAUAAUCUUGGUAAACAAGAGUGUGGUUCUGUGUAUGCGCCAUUACAAUUAAUGGACGACAAGGUUGUAUGUAGGUGACUUCCUUGAAAAGUACGUUUAAUAUCCUGCUAUUUCUGUGUAUGAUACUUCAUCAAGUAUUUGUUUUGCUAUGUUUGUACAUCCUGAUUUAAACUCUUGUAUAAUCCUGAAUGCUUACAGCUUUCACGUGGCAGCCUGUUUCUGCCAUCUAAAUAUUUCAACAAGUUAUCUGUUCUUUAUUUUUUUAACACCUCAUUAUGUCGAUUAAUCUCAUAACCUAUUCAGGCGCGUUUAUGAAAACUUUACGACCUUUCGCUGUACAAUUUACGAAAAAGUGCAAUCAGAUACAUCGUUGUUGGCAAUAUGCAUUGAAGAGAAUGAACAUUAAUCUAAUGUCGAUUCCUGAGCUGCUAAAUUUUAACUGCCUAUCACCAAUUAACAAGGCGGACUAUCUUCAAUUCCUACUAAGUCAAAACAUGUAUCGUAAUUGUGGUGCUAUCACAAUUCAAGAAUCUUAGUUAACUGAUUUACCGGACGAUUGCUUAGUAUCACUACGUGAUUUCAAUAUCUAUCGUCAGGACCGAUCAAACAAUAAAAAGACGUCGCGGCGGUGUAGCUACGUUUGUAAACGUGAACUGUUGUCGAUCUACAUUUACAUGUUCCAAGUUUUCAAAUGACUUUCUCAACUAUUUAACUUUAAAAAGCCGUCCAAAACACUUGAAUAAAUACAAAUAUGUUUAUCUUACUAACAUCUACUUGACUUCAGAUUGCACAUCAUCUUCACUAUCUAUUUCCUCUGAUGAAUUUGCUGUUACUGCCAUCAGUGGUUCACUUUAAAUUGUAUGUGGUGAUUUAAAUUCAUGUAACUGUAGCUUUCUUACAUCACUAGAUCACCAAAAUGCAAUAGAUUUUCCCAUUCGUUUGAAUGUCCAUUUAGAUUUAGUUUUCAUCAAUGAUGUGGGAAUAUAUGUGACUCGUAAACAUGCUUCAUGGUCUAGUUCUGAUUAUCGUAUAAUUUGUAUUCUACCUGAGUUAUUUGGUAAGCAUGCAAAGAGUACAUCCCUACACCAGAUAAAGAAAGUCAAAUACAGCAAUUACUCAGAAGAAAAUAUACAAAAUCUGGAAACUAUGUUUCGCACGACUAACUGGGAAUUAUUCACAGAUGACUCACUGAAAAACACCACUGAUGUUAUCACCUGUUAUUUUAAAUUCUGUUUUGAUAUUUGCUGUCCUACUAAAACCUUCUUUUGAAGUUUUGAUCGAUUUACAUCUCCACAACUAAAACGACUACGGAGGGUAAAAAAGAAUGUACAAGGAGGAAAACACUAUUGAAGGUCUUAAACUAAAUGUUCAAGUAAACCUAGAGAUUAGACGUCUCAACUCUAUAUUUGCUCAGAAAUUUCUAUCUUGUAAAAACUCCAAGUAUGGGAAAAGUCUCUAAAGAACUUACAGGGGACAGGCAGAUUAGAAGCAAUAACCAGCUGAAUGUUUGUGACUUAAAUAAGUCUUUUGUAUGUCAAUCAUCUGACGUCAUACUCCCUAUAUCCACAGGUUUGAAGAAUGAUUGUGUUCCUAGUUUCACCAAAACUGAUGUCCGAAAAUAUUUCCUGUCACUUCAUCCGUUCUAAUGUUUAGGACCUGUUGAAAUCCUAAACCUCUGUCUUAUAAAGUGUUCUGACGUUUCUAUGUUAUCUGUUCACGAUCAUCUUUAACAGAUCCUCCUCAACUAAUCUCAUACCGAAAAUGUAAACAAAGAUAAAGAUAACCUCAAUACUUUAGGCGAUAAAAAUGUGAAAUUUAAACCCAUAGCAAUGACUUCACCUUUCCUCAGAACAAUGAAAAAAUUAUUGGUACUCCCACUUCAACCUGCACUGAAAGAGCACAUCGAUCCGUAUCAGUUUGCUUACAAGUGCAAAAGAAGCACUUUGAAUGCUGUUGUUGUUCUGCAUCAUAAUAUGGUUUUCAGCUUGGAAAAAGGGUAUUAAGUGUGUUCGAUGCACCUUUCUGGACCAUACUUGAUAUCUUCCCAAAACAACUGUUACCAAACAAGUUAGUCAACACUGACAGCUGGAUAACUAACUAUCUUCCUAUCUCUCUGAAAUAGAACCGUAUACUGUGUUCGGAGGAAAAUGUUCAAUGUCUCUAUUAUCCCAUGAAAGUGUGCCACAAGGAGCUCUUUUUUCUGCAUAGUCUGCCAUCUUCCACAGAAAACACUUGUGAAAUAUGCCAAUUUCCACCUCUUUAAGAACCAUUGAAAUGAAUGAGUUUUUGUCUCGUAUUGAAUGGUGGUCUGUUGUAAACGGUCUUAUACUUAAUCCAUCUAAAUGUCAGACUGUUAACUUAAGAUUCAGACAUGAACAGCACCAUAAAUCUUGAACUGUUGGAGAUUUUUUGAUUACACAGUUUCAAAAGUCAUUUAUCGUGAUGUAAGUUUUCCCUCUGAUCUCUCUUGGUCUUCUCAUGUUUUACUGCUAUCGAAGGAAAUUUUCCGUCUUACCAUAUAAAGAGGCUGCAUGGUUUGGGGAUUACUCUUAUAGUUUGUCAAUUCUUUCAUAUUACCUAUUAUUCUUUACUGUUAUCCACUAUUCUUUCCGUGCUUUACAGAAAAGACUUUGCUGUAUUGCGGAGAGUGCAAAAGGUAGUUAGCAGAGUGUAUGAUGAAUCUCUUGAGGUCAUUGUUAAUAUGAUUGUGUGGCGCAUAUGUAUCUGGUGCCCCUUUGUACCAAUAUGUAUGUGUUUAAAUAAAUAAAUAAUGUGGAUAGACGUCUAAAGUCUCACAAACUCCAGACAGGUAUUAUCUUAUCAGAUACUAACCAUCCACUUCAUUCACAUCUUUUUCCUUGUAUAUCUUCUGGUAGAAGGAGACACCAAUAAAUUGAAAUCCAUGCUCACAAACAAAAGUAUAGAAGCUCUAUAAUACCUUUUCUAACAAAUAUACUUUAUGACGAACAGGUUGUUAGAGUUCACCUAGUCAAUAACCUGUAUUCUUAAACAUGUUUCUAAUUGAAAAGUUGCACAGAUUCAAAUCUUUUUUUGGUAAAAGAAACUUGUUGAAAUACCUUGUGCUGAGAAUUCUAUAUUGUACCAAAAUAUAAUAUUGAAUAAAGCUAAUAAUUAUAUUAUUAAUAAUAAUUGUUUUUCCCAUGUUAGGAUAUUACUACCCAUGCAAAGAUCUUCUCCGAUCAAGAUGGAGAAAAGACCAUCGUCAUAACAUGUAGCUUCACUCCUGGUUCGGUAUCACUUUGUGCACAUAAACUGACUCCUGGUGGCUAUGAAUGGGGUAGGCAAAAUACUGACAAAGGUAUCAAUCCAAAGGGUUAUAUGCCAAGCCAUUAUGAAAGAGUACAAAUGUUACUAUCGGAUAGAUUUUUGGGUUUCUUUAUGGUACCGCCUCAGACAUCAUGGAACUACAACUUUAUGGGUGUGCGUCAUGAUCCUAAUAUGAAGUACGAAUUACAACCUCUCAAACCGAAGAAAUUUUAUCAUCGUAUUCAUAGACCUUCACACUUUUUAAACUUUACAUCUAUCGAAGAGAAUGAACUAACUUUAACUGACCGAGAUAACCCCUUGGCAUAAGUUGAAUUUUAUCACCGUAUUUUGAGUCUACUUUAUUCCCAUUUUGUACAUUAAUCCUUGCGAUUUCUCUUCCCCUCCUCACACUGUACUUUUACAUACAUUUAUUCGAACGAAAAAUUUUUUUUCUUGUAAUAUGAUAAAUGGGGUGGAUUAGGCAAUCAAAAGGAACGCUUUUCUAGGACAAAAAAUUAGCAGGUCAAGAGAAAUCAAGCAUACACAAAGCAGUUAAAUAUUGGACGCUUCGCUCUUGUUUCAUCCAGUUUUAAGUUGUUUGACUGUAAUCCUUACUCACGAAUUUCUCUUCUUGAUGAACAUAUUAUCGAAAGUUUGUUUGCCUUCACGAGUCGAGCUGGCUGUCAAUAGACUUCAUAGUUGUGUGUUUAUAUUAUUUAAUCCCAUUAAUUCUUAAACAUGCACGACAAACUUUGUAGUUCUUCUUAACUCGUACCAUUCUCAACAAUUGUAAGUUACGAAUUUACUACCAAAUCUGCUAACUUGUUUGUUUGAUUGCAAAGGAAUUGGAUCGUUAGAAAACUUGGAAUCUGUCUGACAAUCGUAUCUCUUGUCAGAGCCCUAAUCCGCUCACCAAGGUCUUAACAAUUGUUCUGGAGCUGUAUGUUUGUUCUCCUAACUCAGUGAUGUUAUUUUCCUUCAUAUUAAAGAAACUGAUUAGUGAGUGCCAAUCUACUAAUAGUUUCACAAUUAGU